UUCCAGUCCUGUAUGUUGCAUGUUUUUAUUUGAUUAUAUUUACUUGUUUAAAAUGAAAUGUAUCUUCAGAUUGACUAACAAAAUCUGUCAGGACUACAGAUGAAAAAUAACUGUGUGUGUGUGUGUGUGUGUGUGUGUGUGUGUGUGUGUGUGUGUUUGUAGGUGGUGUGUGCUGCGCUGCAGGUGGAGCGCUCUGUGAUGACGAAGAGCUGCUCGGUGGAUUUGGUGACUCAGACUGACCAGCAGGUGGAGCAGCUGAUCAUCCAAUCAGUGAGGGACAAGUUCCAACGCACAGGUUCAUAGGGGAGGAGUCAGUAGCUGCAGGUGAGCCCUGUGUCCCUGACUGAUGAGCCCACCUGGAUCAUCGACCCCCAUCGACGGGACCACCAACUUCGUGCACGCAUUCCCUUUUGUUGCUGUUUCCAUCGGCUUCUCUGUCAACAAGCAG